AUGUUUUCUAUUACCUUUCAAUAUGUUAUGCAUAUUCUCCUAAACAUAUUCAAAAUCUUUUAUAAGAGGAAACCAAAAUAACUAAACAUGCAAUUAAUUAAAUAAAGAAAUUUUAAUUUAAAUCAAAAUUUUAUUGUGAAACUCUCAAAUGUACAUAAAUUAAUUAUAGAAAAGGUUAUUAACUUUUGUUUGACUCAAAUUUAAGUUAAUAAUAACAACAAUAACUAAUUUGCUAAUUCUUAAAUUGUAAUCAUAAUUUAAAAGUUUAAAUCAAUAAAUUUUAGAAUUUUUGAAUGA